AUGCGGAAUGAAAGGGCAUAUUCGUUGACUGGCAAGGUCUACCUCAUAGGCGCGGGGCCCGGCGAUCCCGGGCUGCUGACCGUGAAGGGCCGCGAGGCACUGGAGCGGGCGGAUGUCGUUGUCUACGACCGGCUGGUCCACCCGUCGCUGCUGGACUAUGCGCGCGCCUCCGCCGAGCGGGUGUUCGCGGGCAAGGCGCGCGGGCAGCAGGAGCUGACGCAGGACGGCAUCAACGCGCUGCUGGUAGACAGGGCCCGCGCUGGGUUGCAGGUGGCCCGGCUCAAGGGCGGAGACCCGUUCGUGUUCGGGCGCGGCGGCGAGGAGGCACUGGCACUGGCCCGCUGCGGGAUACCCUUCGAGGUCGUGCCUGGCGUAUCGUCAGCCAUCGCUGCCCCAGCCUAUGCAGGCAUCCCGGUAACCCACCGCGGCAUCGCCACCGGGUUCACCGUCGUCAGCGGCAGCGAAGACCCGUCCAAGCCCGAGUCGUCGGUGCGCUGGGAGGCGCUGGGGCGUUCACUGGCCGCCCAGGGUGGCACCCUGAUGACGCUGAUGGGUUGGGCAUCCAUGGAGAAGAUUCUGGAGGCUCUGCAGUGCGCAGGGCUGUCCGCCGACACGCCCGUUGCAUUGGUGCAGUGGGGCACCUGGAGCAGGCAGCGCACCGUGACCGGCACGCUGGCCACCGCUGCCGCCAAGGGCCGGGCCGCCGAGCUGGCCGCGCCGGUGGUGGCGGUCAUCGGCGAGGUGGUGAACCUGCGCGAGGAGCUUGCCUGGUUUGAUAACCGACCGCUGUUCGGCAAGCGCGUGCUGGUCACCCGUUCCCGUACCCAAGCCUCGCGGAUGUGCGAGCUGCUGGAGGAUGCGGGAGCCCAACCGGUGGAGUUGCCGGCCAUCGCCAUCGCUCCGCCGGACGACUUUGCCCCGCUGGACGAUGCCGUCGCGCGCCUGUCCUCCUACGGCUGGGUUAUGUUCGCCAGCGUCAACGCCGUGGAUUCAGUUUUCGAUCGACUGGAAUCAUCGUCUGUCUCCCGCCCGCCCAGGGAUGCCCGCGCUUUCGGCACCGCCCGCGUCGGGGCCAUGGGGCCUGCCACGGCGGCCGCGCUGGAACGGCGUGGCAUCCGUCCCGACUUCACGCCAUCCCGGUCCGUGUCGUCUGCGGCCCUGGAGGAGCUGGCGACCUUUGAUUGGAGCGACGUAUCCGUUCUGCUACCAGCCGCCGACAUCGGCCGAGACGAGCUGGCGGAGGGGCUGUCCCGCCUCGGAGCCAGCGUGGAGCGCGUAGCGGCCUACCGCACAAUCACGCCACCCGACGCGGCACAGCGGGCGCGGGACGCCUUUUCCGACGGCAUCGACAUUGUGACUUUCACCAGCUCAUCCACAGUCCGCAACCUGCUGGCCCUGCUGGAAGAAGACAACGGUCCCGGCAGGAACGCCCUGACCGGAAGCCUUAUCGCCUGCAUCGGCCCCGUAACCGGCGGCACGGCCCACGAGAUGGGGCUGCGUGUGGACAUCCAAGCCGAGGAACACACUGUUGACGGACUGGCUGCAGCCCUGAUCAAACAUUAUUCGACCACAGACCCCAUACGCGCCGCUAUUUGA